CAGCGAGCUCAGGCUACAAGCUAGUCUGUGGAGAGCGCAGCCAGCUGACGCAGCAACAGUCGGCGGAGGGGUGCAGUUAGCGGUUACUGGGAACUGGGUGUGAGUCUCUCCUAAGCCUUCGGUGAUUAUUACUAUUCACAAUGAAGAAAUUAAAAAGACCCACAUCCUGACGUCCACAUUUUGGUCAAUGACUGCCUGUCGCGGUGUCGGUGACUGACAUGGACGCUAGUGACAAUAAGGAUGUGAAGCUUUCAGCCGAAGUGGAACCGUUCAUCCCACAGAAGAAAGGUCUCGAAGGAUCCCUAGUCAGUAUGAGUCUUUCUGGAGAAGCAGGCGGAGGAGGAGGGGGUGGAGGUAUGGGAGGAGGCGGUGGAGGGGUGGAAACCACUCCCAUACCCAGCUACCUCAUCACCUGUUACCCUUUCGUCCAGGAGAACCAACCUAACAGGCAACAUCCUAUGUAUAAUGGAGGGGAGCUGCGCUGGCAGCAGCCUAACCCCAGCCCUGGUGGUUCAUACCUGGCCUACCCCAUCUUGUCUUCGCCCCAGCCCCCUGUCUCCAAUGACUACACUUACUAUCAGAUUAUGCCUGCUCCAUGCCCACCUGUGAUGGGCUUCUACCAGCCCUUCCCUGGCACCUAUGCCAGUCCUGUGCAAGCUGGAGUGGUCAACCCGGUCUCAGCAGAUGUCAGUGAAAGGCCACUGCCUCUGGGGCCAGCGUAUGGGAUGGCCAGUCAGAGGGGGAGAGGCAUGAUCCGACCUAAUGUUCUCCCAAAGCAACAGCUGGGCAUGUGCCAGCCUCCAAGGGGCCGCCGGCCUCCAACUAGGAGUGUAGCUGUGCAGAAGGAGGUGUGCACCUUGGGGCCUGAUGGUAGAACCAAGACAGUCAUGUUGGUGGAUGCAGCACAACAGACUGAUUUCCCAGGGGAGGUGUCAGGGCGGUGUGCUGGUGAGCGGGCCAGUCCCCUGCUGUGGAAAAACCGAACAAAGAGAAGACGGGCGUCCCAUCCAGCUGAAAGCUACAAUGAGCAGGGCGCCAGCGAGGCAGAUAUAGACAGCGACAGCGGCUAUUGUAGCCCCAAACACAACCAAGCAGCAGGAGUAACACAACGAACUGCAGAGAAUACAGCAGCACCCACAGGAGUAGAGGCUGGUGUAAUGACAGCAGGUACCUGGGUGAAUGUAGCCUCUCAGGCUACCCCCAAGUCCUGGGGGGACAGGAACGGCCAGUUUCACAGAGCAGACCAGAGGAAGAAUCCUGAACAGAGAAACUUCUCACAGGAUUUCCACAGUGGCUAUCCAGGGCGUGUGCCACCCAACCAGUCAGAACAAAGACUGCAGCCAGCAGUGGUCCCUGGCACUGAGCUCACGCCAGAGCCCCUCUACUUUGAGGAUGAAGAUGAGUUCCCAGAUCUUGCCACCGGAGGGGCCGUCCAACGUAGCACCAAACCAGAUUCUACUGCAGCCCAGACACACACGCAACCUAAACUGCCCAAAAACCUGCUGGAUAACCUGCCAGAAAACUCCCCUAUCAACAUUGUGCAGACCCCCAUCCCCAUCACCACCUCUGUUCCUAAGAGGGCCAAGAGCCAGAGGAAGAAAGCUCUGGCUGCUGCGUUGGCCACUGCACAGGAGUACUCGGAGAUCAGCAUGGAACAGAAGAAACUACAGGAGGCCUUCACCAAAGCAGCAGGAAAGAAGAGUAAAACCUCUGUGGAGCUGGACCUGGGAGACAUGCUGGCAGCUUUGGAGAAACACCAGCAGGCUAUGAAGGCCAGACAACUGACCAAUACCAAGCCACUGUCUUUUACAGUUGGAACGACCACUCCUUUCCAUGGUUCAGGCUCGACCGGCUUGCCGUCCAUGUUGAAGGGUCAUCAGCAGCCAUACUCGGCCCCACACAACUCCCUGGAUUCCACCGCGCCCCGUAUCAAGCGAGGGAAGGAGAGAGAAAUCCCCAAAGUAAAACGGCCAACAGCCCUUAAGAAGAUUAUCUUGAAGGAGCGUGAAGGGAAGAAAGGGAAGACGAGUGUAGAGCAAGAGUCCUCAGGCCAGGAGGAGCACGGGGAUGAGUGUUUACAUUUCACUGAUGAUCUUGCACGAGAGCCUGCCUCCCAAGAAGACAAUGGUCUCAGUGUGCCCAGCGAUGCAUCCCUUUCCCCGGCCAGUCAGAACUCUCCAUAUAGCAUCACCCCCGUGUCCCAAGGUUCUCCUGCCAGCUCUGGCAUCGGGAGUCCAAUGGCCUCAAACGCCAUCACCAAGAUCCACAGCCGACGUUUCAGAGAGUACUGUAAUCAAGUGCUGAGUAAGGAGAUCGACGAGAGCGUGACUAUGCUGCUACAGGAACUGGUUCGCUUCCAGGAGCGGGUCUACCAGAAGGACCCCACCAAGGCCAAGUCCAAACGCCGCCUUGUCAUGGGUCUCAGAGAAGUAACCAAGCACAUGAAGCUGCAUAAGAUAAAGUGUGUCAUCAUUUCUCCCAACUGUGAGAAGAUCCAGGCCAAAGGUGGUCUGGAUGAAGCUCUGUACAAUGUAAUUGCCAUGGCAAGGGAGCAGGAGAUCCCGUUUGUAUUUGCCUUGGGCAGGAAAGCUCUUGGGCGUUGCGUCAAUAAACUAGUGCCUGUUAGCGUGGUUGGCAUUUUCAACUACUCUGGAGCCGAGGGUCUCUUCAACCGUUUGGUGUCUCUGACAGAAGAGGCUAGGAAGGCCUACAAGGACAUGGUGUCAGCUCUGGAGCAGGAGCAGGCAGAGGAGGCUCUCAAAAAUGACAAGAAAGUCCCACACCACAUGGGGCACUCCCGCAACCACUCUGCCGCUUCAGCUAUCUCCUUCUGCUCCAUCUUCUCUGAGCCUAUCUCAGAGGUCAAUGAAAAGGAGUAUGAGACCAACUGGAGGAGUAUGGUGGAGACUUCAGAUGCCCUGGAGCCUGUUGAAGCUGAGCCGAGUCGCCCUGCACCUCCCACAGCCACCCAGAAAGACAGUGACACUCUUGCAGCCCCCACCAGCACCACCACGCCUGGCCCUACUGCUCCCCAGCCCAGGGCGGCACCUCCAACACUGACACAAGGCACCAGCGAGAGAGACGAGGUCAGGGUCGAUGACCGGCUGGAACUGGCCUCUCAGCAGAGCACAGAGACGGGCUCAUUGGACGGGAGCUGCAGGGGCCCGCUGAACUCCUCCAUCACCUCCACCACUUCCACCCUGGUGCCGGGGAUGUUGGAAGAGGCAGAGGAGGAGGAAGAGGAGGAGGAGGACUACACUCCAGAACCCAUCUCUGUGGAGGUGCCCACCCUCAGUAGCCGCAUUGAAUCCUGGGUGUCAAAGACCUUGGAAAACCUGCAGCUGGGAAAGAGCCAAGAGAGUACAGAAGAGGAGGAGGAAGAGGAGGAGGAUGAAGAGGAGAGAGGGCAGAGUGAAGACGAGGAGGACCUCGAUUCAGCGGACAUCACAGAGACGAGGACGGAGGGCAAAGAGCAAGUGGAGGCAAAGAAGGUCACUGGUUGAUGUCACCUUUCCUCCUCCUCUUCCUCAGUCUGCUCUUACAUAUACUCAUCCCCUCUGUCCUUCAUUGCUCUCACAUCUGUCGUCACAGCAACCAGCAGCUUUUCUCCUUUGUCUCUAACCCCUGACACCAGACAUAAUCUCAGGUAUCCAACCAACUGACCAACACUCACACACAUUACAGACAACCUGACCAACUCACACAGCGUCGCAGACCAAACAACAACCAGUCUGAGGGACACUACCUGACUUCAACACUAGUCUUGUAAUUUAGAAAGGACGCCCUCACUUCUUUGGCCCAUAACCUGCUACACUUGAAUCCAGAGGGAAGUUUGUGACUUUCCUCCUCCGAAGCUGAACUCUUUUAGAGUCAGGGACGUUUCUGGGAGCAAGUGUUGAGCACUAAAAAAAAAAAAGUUGAACUGCUGUCUCUAGCUCACAGAGGAGGAAGGUUGGAACCUUUCAGCUCCCAUCUUACUUUAUACAGAGCUCAGAAGGUUUACAGCUCUGCAAGUGUUUGUGUGCUUGUGCGUGCGUGUGUGUGUGUGUUUACAGGCACAUAGUUUGCAUUUAUUUUUGCUGUGUUCUUUGGCUUUAUCUUUGUAAAUAAUGUGUGUUUUUCACCCGCUCCACGAGGGAAGGAGAGACAUGCAUUUCUAAAUUACUUCUUGGUUGGUAUUUAGCUUUCCUCACAGAAUAUUACAGUGUCAGGGGUUCUGUCUUUCUACCAAAACCACUCCCGCCCUGUCAGUCUUUAUAGAGUGUUUUUUUUUUUAAUGUUCAAAUAAUAAGUGUCCCAUUCUGGAUUCAGAUGACUUUAACUUCUAAGAAGCAAAACAAGCUUUGUGUAUAUAACCUCGUCUAUGUGGUUCUACUACAGUAUAUAAUGGUUUGUCAUAUUGAUCUUGCCUAGUGUGAAACUAUUCUGGUUGUUUUCCUCUGACUGGAAUUGUCUCGAGUUCCCUGAUGCUGUCUGUGCUUCAUACAAAAAAGUGCUCCUGUUUUGUUCUCGCUGGUGGUGUUUGUAUCGGAUAGGGGGGGGGCCACUCUCAAGAUGCCUCUAACCAUUUUUAGAAGCCCAAACACUGAGAUCUUUUUAAUUCCUCCAUCCACAAAGACAUUUUGCAAGUGUUCUGGUAAAUAAGCAGUUAGACAGAGAACUUAGUUUUACAGCCUUAGAUCUGUCUGGUUAGUUUACGACAUUUUGAAAGAAUCAGGGUAUUAGAAAGUUGCUCUAAAUCAUUGUUUUCACCAGUGUUCACUCUCUUUCCUUCAAAAAUUCUGCUUAAAUUAACCAGUAUGACAAGCAGGUGUUUGCUGGUAUUCAUGACGUUAAACAAAAUCCAAGUUUACAAAUAAAAAGAUCUGGUUGCUUACAUAUGAAUCCUUGUAGAGCUCUUGCUGAUUUUAUAGACAGGUUUUGUGGGCACCCAGCUGCAACCCCCAGCUUCAAGUCAGUUCACCACAGCUGUAAGGCUCCCUCAUCAGGGUGGAGUCACCACCAGAGGGCAGACAAGUCGUCACAGUCAUGCACAUGCUAAUGAUAAACCCUUGUAAAUACAAGUGUACAAAAGAGAUUUUGAUUUUGCAUUGUAUUAAAAAAUACAAUCAUCAUGUUCUUAAAGCCAUUUGAUAGUUUUAACAUGUUAACAGUUGGAAUCCAAUUUGAUCAUGGUAUUUGAUAGUGAAUCACAGUGAGAUCUCAGCCAGUCGAUGAUGUUGCGGUGUGUGUAAAUGCAGUAUGUUGGGCUGUAUGCAAUGUGAAGCCCUGAGAUGGGAGAUGACAGUGUACUGAAUAUCAUACUUGGGAUAAUGAGAGUAUUUCUGGUUUGAUUAAAGGUAUGCUGUGCGUAGGCUUCUUGUUGCUAUGACUUCCAUCAAAGUGUUUGAAGUAUGUUAAUUGACAGCAAGUGUGUUUUUUUGCACUAUGUAAAUACAGUACUGGUAAAGGUCUUGUAACUAAUGUGAACAAAAAAAAGAAAAAAGAAAAAACGGUUCAAUGAAGUACUUUUUUCAGUGUGUUCCUCGUCUUUAUAUGGAUAUUUAAGACCGUCUCCUUCAGACUGUACAUCACUAGCAACAUUGUUAUAGGCUGUUUCUCAUAAUCCUGUUAUCGCUCUUAACCUAUAUGGACUGAUGAUUAACAUCAUUAAAAUGUUGUUUAAGUAAA